CGCUGCCCGGUCCUCUCCCGGCGGGGUCGGAUCGGCGUGGACAUGGCUGGCCGCGUCCCUAGCCUGCUAGUUCUCCUUGUUUUUCCAAGCAGCUGUUUGGCUUUCCGAAGCCCACUUUCUGUCUUUAAGAGGUUUAAAGAAACUACCAGACCAUUUUCCAAUGAAUGUCUUGGUACCACCAGACCGGUAGUUCCUAUUGAUUCAUCAGAUUUUGCAUUGGAUAUUCGCAUGCCUGGGGUUACACCUAAACAGUCCGAUACAUACUUCUGCAUGUCUAUGCGAAUACCAGUGGAUGAGGAAGCCUUCGUGAUUGACUUCAAGCCUCGAGCCAGCAUGGAUACUGUCCAUCAUAUGUUACUUUUUGGAUGCAAUAUGCCUUCAUCCACUGGAAGUUACUGGUUUUGUGAUGAAGGAACCUGUACAGAUAAAGCCAAUAUUCUGUAUGCCUGGGCAAGAAAUGCUCCCCCUACCCGGCUCCCCAAAGGUGUUGGAUUCAGAGUUGGAGGAGAGACUGGAAGUAAAUACUUUGUACUACAGGUACACUAUGGGGAUAUUAGUGCUUUUAGAGAUAAUAACAAGGACUGUUCUGGUGUGUCCUUACACCUCACACGUCUGCCACAGCCUUUAAUUGCUGGCAUGUACCUUAUGAUGUCUGUUGAUACUGUUAUCCCAGCAGGAGAAAAAGUGGUGAAUUCUGACAUUUCAUGCCAUUAUAAAAAUUAUCCAAUGCAUGUCUUUGCCUAUAGAGUUCACACUCACCAUUUAGGUAAGGUAGUAAGUGGAUACAGAGUAAGAAAUGGACAGUGGACACUGAUUGGACGGCAGAGCCCUCAGCUGCCACAGGCUUUCUACCCUGUGGAGCACCCAGUUGAUGUAAGUUUUGGUGACCUACUGGCUGCAAGAUGUGUAUUCACUGGUGAAGGAAGGACAGAAGCCACACACAUUGGUGGCACGUCUAGUGAUGAAAUGUGCAACUUAUACAUUAUGUAUUACAUGGAAGCCAAGCAUGCAGUUUCUUUCAUGACCUGUACCCAGAAUGUAGCUCCAGAUAUGUUCAGAACCAUACCACCAGAGGCCAACAUUCCAAUUCCCGUGAAGUCUGAUAUGGUUAUGAUGCAUGAACAUCAUAAAGAAACAGAAUAUAAAGAUAAGAUUCCUUUACUACAGCAGCCAAAACGAGAAGAAGAAGUGUUAGACCAGGGUGAUUUCUAUUCACUACUUUCCAAGCUGCUAGGAGAAAGGGAAGAUGUUGUUCAUGUGCACAAAUAUAAUCCUACAGAAAAGGCAGAAUCAGAGUCAGACCUGGUAGCUGAGAUUGCAAAUGUAGUCCAAAAAAAGGAUCUUGGUCGAUCUGAUGCCAGAGAGGGUGCAGAACAUGAGAGGGGUAAUGCUAUUCUUGUCAGAGACAGAAUUCACAAAUUCCACAGACUAGUAUCUACCUUGAGGCCACCAGAGAGCAGAGUUUUCUCAUUACAGCAGCCCCCACCUGGUGAAGGCACCUGGGAACCAGAACACACAGGAGAUUUCCACAUGGAAGAGGCACUGGAUUGGCCUGGAGUAUACUUGUUACCAGGCCAGGUUUCUGGGGUGGCUCUAGACCCUAAGAAUAACCUGGUGAUUUUCCACAGAGGUGACCAUGUCUGGGAUGGAAACUCGUUUGACAGCAAGUUUGUUUACCAGCAAAUAGGACUCGGACCAAUUGAAGAAGACACUAUUCUUGUCAUAGAUCCAAAUAAUGCUGCAGUACUCCAGUCCAGUGGAAAAAAUCUGUUUUACUUGCCACAUGGCUUGAGUAUAGAUAAAGAUGGGAAUUAUUGGGUCACAGACGUGGCUCUCCAUCAGGUGUUCAAACUGGAUCCAAACAAUAAAGAAGGCCCUGUAUUAAUCCUGGGAAGGAGCAUGCAACCAGGCAGUGACCAGAAUCACUUCUGUCAACCCACUGAUGUGGCUGUGGAUCCAGGCACUGGAGCCAUUUAUGUAUCAGAUGGUUACUGCAACAGCAGGAUUGUGCAGUUUUCACCAAGUGGAAAGUUCAUCACACAGUGGGGAGAAGAGUCUUCAGGGAGCAGUCCUCUGCCAGGCCAGUUCACUGUUCCUCACAGCUUGGCUCUUGUGCCUCCUUUGGGCCAAUUAUGUGUGGCAGACCGGGAAAAUGGUCAGAUCCAGUGUUUUAAAACUGACACCAAAGAAUUUGUGAGAGAGAUUAAGCAUUCAUCAUUUGGAAGAAAUGUAUUUGCAAUUUCAUAUAUACCAGGCUUGCUCUUUGCAGUGAAUGGGAAGCCUCAUUUUGGGGACCAAGAACCUGUACAAGGAUUUGUGAUGAACUUUUCCAAUGGGGAAAUUAUAGACAUCUUCAAGCCAGUGCGCAAGCACUUUGAUAUGCCUCAUGAUAUUGUUGCAUCUGAAGAUGGGACUGUGUACAUUGGAGAUGCUCAUACCAACACCGUGUGGAAGUUCACCUUGACUGAGAAAUUGGAACAUCGAUCAGUUAAAAAGGCUGGCAUUGAGGUCCAGGAAAUCAAAGAAGCCGAGGCAGUUGUUGAAACCAAAAUGGAGAACAAACCCACCUCCUCAGAAUUGCAGAAGAUGCAAGAGAAACAGAAACUGAUCAAAGAGCCAGGCUCGGGAGUGCCUGUUGUUCUCAUUACAACCCUUCUGGUUAUUCCGGUGGUUGUCCUGCUGGCCAUUGCCAUAUUUAUUCGGUGGAAAAAAUCAAGGGCCUUUGGAGCAGAUUCUGAACACAAACUCGAGACGAGUUCAGGAAGAGUACUGGGAAGAUUUAGAGGAAAGGGAAGUGGAGGCUUAAACCUUGGUAAUUUCUUUGCAAGCCGUAAGGGCUACAGUCGAAAAGGGUUUGACCGGCUUAGCACUGAGGGCAGUGACCAAGAGAAAGAGGAUGAUGGAAGUGAAUCAGAAGAGGAGUAUUCAGCACCUCUGCCUGCACUCGCACCUUCCUCCUCCUGAAAACCAAGCUUUGAUUUAGAUUGAGUAAGAUUUACCCAGAAUGUCAGAUUCCUUUCCCUUUAGCACGUUUAAAGUUCUGUGUAUUUAAUUGUAAACUGUACUAGUCUGUGUGGGACUGUACACACUUUAUUUACUUCGUUUUGGUUAAGUUGGCUUCUGUUUCUAGUUGAGGAGUUUCCUAAAAGUUCAUUACAGUGCCAUUGUCUUUAUAUGAACAUAGACUAGAGAAACCAUCCUCUUUUUCCAUCAUAAUUCUAAUCUAACAAUGGAAGAUUUGCCCAUUUACACUUUUGAGACUUUUUGGUGGAUGUAAAUAACCCCAUUCUUUGCUUGAACACAGUAUUUUCCCAAUAGCACUUUCAUUGCCAGUGUCUUUCUUUGGUGCCUUUCCUGUUCAGCAUUCUUAGCCUGUGGCAGUAAAGAGAAACUUUGUGCUACAUGACGACAAAGCUGCUAAAUCUCCUAUUUUUUUAAAAUCACUAACAUUAUAUUGCAAUGAGGGAAAUAAAAAAGUCUCUAUUUAAAUUCUUUUUUAAAUUUUCUUCAGUUGGUGUGUUUUUGGGAUGUCUUAUUUUUAGAUGGUUACACUGUUAGAACACUAUUUUCAGAAUCUGAAUGUAAUUUGUGUAAUAAAGUGUUUUCAGAGCAUUA